AUGUUGCCGCGAAAACAUGCAUCUGGUUUUGAAAAAAGGAAAAAGAGACAACGAGCACAAGAGUUGUUAGAAUCACAAAAGGGAGCGAUAGAUAAGUUUUUUAGUAGACGAGUAGAAGAGCCUUCGGGUACUGCAAAUCAUUUCCAACAAUCUAAUGAAAAUUUGAAUAAUGAGAAUUUAAAUGAUGAUAAUGCUGAUAAUUUGAACGAAGACAAUCCCAUCAAUGACGAUGCUAACAAUUUGAAUAAUGAAAAUGAUAAUGUCCCUGAUUCUUCAAGUGUAUGUAUUGAUGCACACUUUAUCCCUCCUUUUGAUAUGUAUGAUCCUAGAAAUUGGGGUGUACUCGAUGCCAAAACUAGAGACAUUUUAAUUGAAAAGGGGCCUAUUAGAGAAUUGAAUCUCACAUUUCCUAUGGAUAGUCUAUUUAGACAUUUUUCAUAUGCUUAUUAUUCUAAAAAAAUGAGUAAAGGAGAGACUUUUGAUAGAAAAUGGUUGGUUUACUCUAAACUUGUGGAUAGAGUAUAUUGUUUUUGCUGUAAAUUGUUCACUUCUCAAAAUAACAAAAGUCUUUUAGCAAAUGAUGGGGUGAAUGAUUGGAACCUUUUAAGUGAGAUACUUAAACAACAUGAGAAUAGUAUUGAACAUAUGACCAAUAUGAAUACUUGGAAUGAUACGAGAGUGAGACUAAAAAAGAAUAAAGGCAUUGAUAAAGAUUUACAAAAAGGAAUCUCAAAGGAAAAGGAGCGCUGGAGACAAGUUUUAAUUAGAAUAGUAUCCACUGUUAAAUAUCUUGCUAAAUAUAAUCUAGCUUUCCGAGGAUCCAACGGAAAACUUUAUGAGAAUAAUGAUGGUAAUUUUUUGGGAUUGAUCGAAAUGGUAGCUGAAUUUGAUUUGACAAUGCAAGACCAUGUUAGACGUAUCAAAAGCAAAGAAAUUCACUAUCACUACCUAGGUCCUCAAAUUCAAAAUGAAUUGAUUUCUCUUUUAGCCCAUGGUGUUAAAAAUUCAAUGAUAAGGAUUAUAAAGGAGGCAAAAUAUUUUUCUAUAAUCCUUGAUUGUAUUCCAGAUAUAAGCCAUCAAGAACAAAUGACUUUGAUUGUACGAUGUGUAAAUGUGUCAAAUGAUAAAAUAAAUAUAGAAGAGUUCUUUUUGGAGUUCUUAAAAGUGGAUGAUACUUCGGGAUUGGGACUUUUCAAUGAAUUGUUAAAUGUAUGUAAGUCCCUUGAUUUAAAUAUUGAUGAUGCGAGGGGUCAAGGUUAUGACAAUGGGUCUAAUAUGAAAGGGAAACACCAGGGGGUUCAAAAGAGAUUACUUGAAUUAAAUCCAAGGGCUUUUUACAUGCCAUGUGCUUGUCAUAGUCUUAAUCUCACUCUAUCAGAUAUGGCCUAUUCUUGUGUUAAAGCUGUAUCUUUUUUUGGAAUAGUGCAACGCAUAUACACAUUAUUUGCAAAUUCUACUAAAAGAUGGAAGAUUUUAGUUGAUAAUGUUUCGGGCUUAACACUUAAAUCUUUGUGCAAUACUCGAUGGGAGAGUCGAAUAAAAAGUGUUAAAGCCAUUAGAUUUCAAGCUCCUCAAAUAAGAUUAGCUUUGUUAGAACUCUAUGAUUCUAGUGGUGAUGAUGCUAAGACGAAAAGUGAAGCUGAAAGUCUGGCUAAUUCUAUUGGGAGCUUUGAAUUUUUACUUGGCAUGGUAAUAUGGUAUGAGAUCUUAUUUGCUAUUAACAUUGUGAGUAAGAAGUUACAAUCAAAAUCUAUGUGCAUUGGAACCACAAUGAAAGAAGUGGAAGGUAUAAUGUCAUACUUUGAGAAAUACAGAAUUGAAGGCUUUGAAUCUAGCAUGAAUAUUGCCAAAAGCCUAGCAAUCGAUAUUGAUAUAGAGCCAACACUUCCAACAAAGCGUCGCAUAUUUAGGAAACGACGAUUUGAUGAGAAUGAUAGUGAUGGGGAAAUGCAAUCACCCGAGGAAUCUUUUAGAGUUAAUUAUUUUUUGGUGGUUGUUGAUAUGGCAAUAACUUCAUUGAACAAUAGAUUUGAGCAAUUACAAGUAUUUCAAAAUAUAUUUGGAUUUCUGUUUGAUGCAAAAACAUUAAAAUCUUUAGAUAAUGAUGAAUUAAGAAAAUCUUGCACAAAUUUUAAAACUUGGUUUUCUCAUAAUGAUUUGUUUGAUGUUGAUGCAGAUGAUCUUUUUUUAGAGUUAAAAGUAUUGCAAAUGACUUUGCCAAAUACAGUGAUGUCCACAUUUGAAAUUCUUGAGUUUGUCAAAGCUGUAGAUUGUUAUCCAAAUGUUUCAAUUGCUUAUCGGAUUCUCUUAACUAUGCCAGUGAUUGUUGCAUCAGCUGAAAGAAGUUUCUCAAAACUAAAAUUAUUGAAAAACUACUUGAGAUCGUCAAUGUCGCCAGAAAGGUUGAAUGGUCUUGCCAUAUUAUGUAUUGAGAAAAAUAUAUUAGAGCAUGUUGAUGUAGAUACUAUUAUUAGUGACAUUGCUUCUAGAAAUGCUCGAAGGAAUUUUCUUAUAUGA